AUGGCCAUUCGCUUUGGAUUCAACAACAACAAGGACAAGGACAAAGGAGAAGAGACGUUGAGUCAGAGUUGGCUUUUAUCAUUGGCACUGGUCAACACCCAUUUCCUCAAGGAGUGCAUGGUGACAUUGACCAACUAUGCGAUCCCAUCACUGAUCAUUCAUUCAACAAUCUGGAUUGAAUCAGAGUACUGUCUGUUCCAGCAGCCACCACUCCAUCUCAGAAGCAAUGAGAUCAAGUUCAUUCCAAAGGAGAACUUACAAUUGUGUGAUGAUCGACUGGAGAGCUUGACUGUACCAUUCUCCAAACGCACCUGUUUGGCAGUCAAAGGCGCGCUGCCAUGUCUCAAGACAAUCAACUUUGUUCUGGUCGGCAAUGAUGAAUUGCCCAAACUGCAGAAUACACGUAAUAACUUUGACAUGGAUUCAAAUCAAUCACUUGUACGACCAAUUCUCUCAUCAACCCAUAUCAGGACAUACUCCCUGGACAAGCUUCAGCGAUCCACAUGA